UUGUUUAUUUACAAAAACAUCCUCCACCUUAUUUUGUAGAAAAAGGAUUUGAGGGACCUCAGGGGAUUUUUGGCAUUUUUAUUAUUUUUAUCGAGAAAUAAUUAAUCACGGUACUAUUAUUCCAACAUCUGGCAGAAACAACUUAUCCCAAUAUUAAUUCUAAUCCUAGUAUAACUUAUUUCAAGAUUAGUAACCAAACAAGAAAUAAAAAAGUACAAAAUGUUCUAUCCCAAGAACUAAACGACCCCUUACUACCCUUACACUAACUUUUACUUAACCAUGUUAAAAAUAGUUGGAGUAUUAAGACAUUAAACUAACCUUGCAACACAAAAAAAAAAAAAAAAGUAAAUCCCUACAAAAGAUUUGCCAUAUCACGCCACGGCCACGGGGCCGACCAAAGCAAAUCAAUGGCAGAACAAAACUAGCCUAGCCCUAAUUUACUAUAACAACCUUGUUAGUUAGCCUCAGUUUAGGCCAGCCUUUAUGACAUCAUUAUUGCAUUGUGUCAUUUGGAUCUAGCAGAAUCGGUGCUAGAUAUCGUGUUUCUUUAUAGGAGACUUGUCCAUAUUAUGUCAACAUAGACCCACGGCCCAGGAGACAUUGAAGCAUUCGUACAUGCUAAUUGUUGCAUCUUUGAGGGUAAUAUGGUCAUUUGGCGGACUAAUUCCUUUUUGAGUGGCUUUUGAGGAAAAGAAGUGAGGGAUGGACUUGCAGAGAAAUAUUAGAGUGUUAAAAAAAAAAAAAAUUCCUUGAUCCUAUCCAAUUUGUUCCAAAAAUGAAAAUUCCAAAAAAAAAAAAAAAAAAAGUCUCAUGCGUAGUGAAUCCAAAAAGGGAUUUUUUUUUUAAAGAACAGAAAAAUCUACAAAAAUUCGCACACCUUUUUCAAGGAAAAAAAAAUGAAACACGAUCCAAUCAAGUGUUGCCACCUCAACAAGAUUCCCUCUCAUCAUAAUUUUUGUCUCCAUUACACAUGUCACUCUCAGUUUGUUUCUUGGAGAGAAAUUCUCACACAAUUGUCACUCAUUUUGGGCACACCAGCCACCUAUAUACACUUUUUACUCUCACAAUCAAUACAUACACAAUGGCACAUUCAAUGGAUAUUGCUUAGUAAAGUGCCUAAACGCAGCUUCAGUUUCAUUGAAGGGUGGGGUGUCUUGGAAGAAAACAAAUGUAACAAUGAAGGCUGUUCGGGGACAAGACACCGGGAUGUCGGGUGAAACAUAGAAUAGGAAGCUUUAGGUAGUGCAGGCUUACUUUCUCGCACUUCCUUUUAUUUUUGGACUCUGGUAAUUUAGACAUUGAUUUAAACUCUAAUAAUCCCUUUUCGAAACACAUUUUGUCACUUUCUUUAUUGAAAUCCCUUUUGAACUUAAAAUACAAAUCUUUUGUAAAAAAAAAGGGGUGUGACAAUGAAUACUAAAGCAGCAAUUAGAAAAUAUUUUUGGAUAUUUUUGUUUUGUUUUUAGUCCUGUCCAACAUGAAGAUGCUUUAGGUGAAAAUGUAAAGAGGCAAAUGUUAUUACCAGAACCAAUGAAAAAUAUCUCCUACGUUCCUAUUUCAGUAUCUUUGUUUGACUAGGUACGGAGUUUAACAAACAAAGAUAAACUCUUGAAUUUUGUGGUCUUAAAUUAAAUAUGUCUAUAAUGUACCAAAAUGUCCUCUGAAUCUUGUGGUUAUAAACUUAUCCUGUAUGAUGUUUGAAUUGUAUACCUACUAAAUAUAAAAAGGGGUACUCUUUUUGGGACAAACUAAAAAUAUGAAACUUAAAUUCGGACUCUGAGAGUAUAUGAUAGUUGAAUGAAAGGUGACAGAAGGAAGUGACUAAAUCAUCAACUAAAGCUACAAUUCCAGCAAAUGAGUGGAGUCUCUUCGGUUAAAAUUGAAAAGUAACCAGCAUUCAAAUGCUAAACUUUUAAUGAGUGGAUAUGCUUUCAGAUAUGUGCUCCCCUUAUAAUGAUUUUAGCAAGAAAUUAGACAAACAUGGAGAUCUUCCUUGGUCAAUGAUGUUUUUUUUUUCUUUUUUCUUUUUUGACAAGAGAACCCGCAGCCGCUACCCUUCGGGUGGGCAAUGAUCUUUAGGCUACUGAUUCAUGACAGUUCUCAAAAGAAGUUAGACUCAUAUUUGCUAUACAAGGGAUUUGAGCACACUUUAGCCAGUGAUUUGUCUCUGUUUUUUUUUAUAGGGGCAACACUGUUUAUAUAUUAAAGUAUAAAAUGAAGAAAACAAGAAAUGUUAACUGAGUAACAGUGUUAAUUUAUGUGUAGGAUUUCAAUAAUACAGGGGUAGUAAGUGCUUGAUUUAGAAAAUGCAUGGGGUGUGACUGAAACUAAGUGUUAGUAUAGGGGCGUUUAGUGUAGUUUUCCCUAUUUUUUAUGUAUCCACUUGGAUUCUUCAUAUGUUUACUUCUUUAUAUUUUGAAUCCCUCCUCCACUGUUUGUGGUGUUAAUAAACAGAUAUGGCGAUUGCUGAUCGAGUCAUACACAUUCCCGGAGGACGAGUUAUUUUGCCAUUGUUGACAUUGGGAGGAAUCGCUUUUUUGAUAAAUUAUUUCUACGGGAGACCAAAAAGGAUAUCUCGAUCAGUUAAAAAUCUCAAAGUGAAAUCUUCGGCAGAGGUUGAUGAGGACUACUUCCGUCAGCUACCAGAUGAUGUUUUGUCUCGCAUUCUUGGAAAUUUGACAGUAAAAGAUGCUGUUAUGACGAGCAUUUUAUCUAGAAGAUGGAGAUAUAGUUUUGCCUCUAUGCCUAAACUAAAUAUUGAUUGCCUUGCCAUGUUCGGGGUUGGUAUUUUUGACGAUCACCAUGGUUGUUCUUACUAUCAACAAAGAUUCUUGAAGGGAGUGAAUAUGUUAUUACAACUUUACUCAGGUAGUAGAGUGCCUCACAUUAAUAUGACCUUUUGCUUUGGGAGAGAGUUAUCUUGUGAAUUUGAGCACUGGAUGCGUUCUAUUUCAGGGUUAGGCGUUGAAAGAUUAUGCCUUUCCUUUAUUUGUGGUUCUGUUUCCGUAAGUUUCACCACCACCACCACCACCCCCCUCAACUCCCCCGAUAGGUUGUUUAGAUUUGCUCUUGAGCUUCUGUCUCAAGCUUCUUUAUUGAAGCAUUUGGAUUUGUACCAUUGCACUGUGCAACUAAAUUCCGAAGUUUGUUUUAGGUCCCUCGAGACCCUUUCUCUGACGGCUGUUUUGUUAGCAAGUGGACAGCUAGAGGGUAUUCUGUCCUCUUGUUUUAACCUUAAGCAAUUAACUCUUAAACUUUGUAACCUUCCUUAUAAGCUACGCUUUUCCAGUACAGUAACAGAUGUUACGUUUCACAUUUGUGGUGGAGUGAAAGAGAUUGAUUUUCAGGCUGCAAAUCUUCGUGCACUUGAUUUUCACUGUUUUGACAACGUAAGAUUCAUUUUCUCGUUUGUUCCCAAGUUGGAAAAUGUAACAAUUCAUCCUUCUAAAGCUGAAACAAUGUCAUACAUCUUCGGUGAUUUUGCGAGAGAUUUACCUGCUCAGGUUAAAUCUUUAGCAGUCAGAUGUGGUCAUGAGAUAAAAUGUGUACCAAUCGAUAUGAAGAUGUUCAGAAACAUUAGGCAGUUAAGCUUGUCACUAUUCGACUUGUAUGACUCUGACAUACUCAAUAUUUCCCUCCUCUUGGGUGCUUGUCCUCUUCUUCAAUAUCUGAAUUUGACGGCACCACAAGUAGAGAAAAGAGCACGAAACAAAGAGGAAGUAGAGAGCCUCCUUUAUCUCCUAUAUGUCACACUAAACUAAAAGAAGUGACAUUGGGUGGAUUUUAUGGAUCAACAUCAGAGAUUGAAGUUGCUCUAUUUAUUCUUAGAAGUGCAUUAACAUUCAAGCACAUGAUUUUCUUUGUUGACACGGGUCGUUGUAGGUAGACAUCAGUUUUAAUUAAGUAUGAAGUAUGUAGAUGUACAAGAAGCUAAUUGUCAAGUGGCGAAUUGCUGUUUUCACCUUAUUCUAUAGUGUUGAUGUGUCACUGUAUUUCAUUAUGUUACCACCAACAAUUAAGAUAUCCAAUUGCUGGGCAAGGAAUGGGAUUAAAUACCAUGAGUUACUAUAUUACCUUAGGAGAUCAGGUAAAUUGGUCUACGUGUGCUCAGUUUGACUCAGUCAUCACAUUUUAGACAUUGUCUCGACAUAUUUCUUUUACUCUAAGUCAUUGAUCUCAUAUCGGGGUCUGCAUUCACUAUUAAUCCUAUGCUUGUCCACUCCUUUCA